GCUUUUUAAAACAAACCAGCUGUUCUCCCUAAAAACGGCAUUUUACAUGUAAUACAGGACACGGAGCAGCAAGAGACUUAUUCUGAAAGGAACACAGAUGGGAUAUUACCAAAUGUUUGGAGCAGUCAGCAGAGUAUAAAACUGGUGUGAAUAACGGAUAAGCGUUUCACCGGGUGAGCGAGUAGGCGUUUCCUGUCUAUUGGCACGCAACGAGGAGGAUGGUCUUUGCCCUAUAUGUGAUUGUCAUGUCUUCGGCGUUUUUCAAUCCCAGCUUUGCCUUCAGCUCCCACUUUGAUACAGACGGGGCGCCUCUUAGCGAGCUGUCGUGGCCUUCGUCACUGGCGGUGGUAGCUGUCUCCUUCUCUGGCCUCUUCACCUUCGUCUUCCUCAUGCUGGCCUGCCUCUGCUGCAAGAAGGGCGACAUAGGCUUCAAGGAGUUUGAAAACACUGAGGGUGAGGAGUACCAGGCAGAUCUCUCCGCCCUGGCCUCGCCUUCCUCCCAGAAUGGCCCUGAGGUCUACAUCCUUCCCCUCACUGAGGUCUCCCUUCCUGUCUCCAAACAGCCUGGCAGAUCCAUCCAGCUGUUGAAGUCAUCAGACCUCGGUCGCCAUAGCCUGCUCUAUCUAAAGGAGAUUGGACAUGGCUGGUUCGGCAAGGUUCUGCUAGGCGAGGUCAAUGCAGGCCUUAGCACCACCCAGGUGGUGGUGAAGGAGCUGAAGGCCAGUGCCAGUGUCCAGGAUCAGAUGCAGUUCCUGGAGGAGGUGCAGCCAAACCGAACCCUCCAGCACCCUGCCCUCCUGCAGUGCCUGGCACAGUGCUCAGAGGUCACUCCUUAUCUGCUGGUCAUGGAGUUUUGCCCUCUGGGUGAUCUGAAGAGCUACCUGCGCAGUUGUCGGGUUGCUGACUCCGAGACUCCUGACCCUUUGAUCCUCCAGCGAAUGGCGUGUGACAUUGCCUCAGGGCUUGUGCACCUCCACAAAUACAACUUUAUACACAGUGACCUGGCCUUGCGAAACUGCCUGCUAACUUCAGAAAUGUCAGUUAAGAUCGGAGAUUAUGGCCUUUCUCACAACCGAUAUAAGGAUGACUAUUAUGUUACACAAGACCAGAUUUGGGUGCCCCUGCGCUGGAUUGCACCUGAGCUCAUAGACGAGGUCCAUGGAAACCUACUGGUCGUUGACCAAACAAAAUCCAGCAACAUAUGGUCACUGGGGGUGACUGUGUGGGAGCUGUUUGAGCUGGGAAACCAGCCGUACAGACACUACUCUGACAAACAGGUGUUGACAUAUACUGUGAAGGAGCAGCAGCUCAAACUACCCAAACCCCAGCUCCAAUUCCCCAUGGCUGAGCGCUGGUAUGAGGUGAUGCAGUUCUGCUGGCUGCAGCCAGAGCUGAGACCCAGCAGUGAGGAAGUACACCUUCUGGUCACAUACUUAUGUGCCAAAGGCUCCAGUGAGGCUGAGGAAGAUUUUGAACAACGCUGGAAUACCUUGAGACCCAACCUGCUUGGUAGCACCUCCCACACAGCUAUGUCCACAGCCUUAGCCCUGACCCCUACACCUGCCUCUGCUUAUAUCCCCGGUGCAGACCAAACUCAGGCAGUGGAGCUGGCCUCCUCUGCCUCGUCCUCCUUCCCCCUCCUGGAGCACUUCCCUGACAGCUUCCAUUCUGACACAGGGGAUGACCUACUGACUGUCACAGAGACCAGCCAUGGUCUCAACUUUGAGUACAAGUGGGAGCAGGCCCGAGCUGAGCAGCCCUACUGCUCCUCCUCCACCAGUGGGCCACUGGGCCAGGGGAACCCACAUUACCAGGAUAUCUACUAUUCAUGUAAAGGAAGCAGCUCAGGGGGCUGCAAGAGUGAAAGCCUGACCUCAAGCAUAUCUCCAUCCUACUAUGAACCAGAACACCCGGGUGUGGUCCCAGUGUUGAGUGCCCACAGUCCCUCAGUCAGCAGCGAGUACUACAUUCGCAUAGAGGAACCAGUAGAGUGUAACAUUAACCUUGAGGACAACAUGGUGGACUUCAGCCCAGGACUGGAGGCCAGCAGCAGCAGGUUGUCCUCUGAGAGUCGGACUGGUUCAUCCACGGCACAGCCCAGUGCUUACUGGUCCACUGCUGACAACACUAAAUCUUCUGCUGAUGACUCUGAUUCAAGCCCCACAGUCCAGCUAACCAUGGAGCCACUGCUGAGACAGGCAUCCAGCACCAGCCCUGUAAAGUCAGGCCACCCCCACAACUGCUUCUCAUCCAGACAGGAAGACACAGCAUACUGUGAACAGUCAUCCACAUACGAGACACGUCACCAAUCCUGUCAGUCUGAACUGGAUACGUCACCAGAGUCCAGAUCAAACCUUGUCCAUCCAGUGGGGCGUUUAGAAAACCCACGCAGUUUGUCACAAGCAGCCAGCAGCCCCAGCUUAGGGUUCUGUGAUCCCUACCUUGAAGCAAGCACAGGUCAUAGCACAGUUAAUGAAAGCUGCCAUAAUAUGAUGGGUCCCCUCAGGAAGACCCUGCCCAUUGUUAACCACAUUAGCAUUGAUUUAGGGUCAGAUGACGGCCUGCUAGUGGGCCAGCGGAGUGGUGAAGACAUUGAGGAUGACCUUUUCUCUGAAGGAGAGGCCACUAACUGGACCUCAAACUAUUCAGCAAACAAUAAUAGCCUGAGCUUUGACAGCAGACAGACAGGCAGUGGGCAUGACGGCUAUCUGGACCUUCAAUAUACUACUCACUCUAACACAACAGAAUUAUGGUCUUUAACCAAGGCCACCACCAGAACCUUCCACACCUCCAGGUCCUGUGGCACCUUGGAAGCAGAAGGAGGAGACUCUGGUUGUAACGCUGCUAGCAAGGCCAUCGAAUUAGGAUCAUACAUUCACUUAUGUCACAAAGAAAGAGAGGAAGCUGCCACUCAAGUGGAAAGGAACUUAACUGCAGACAAUCUAAGAAGUAUUGAUUCUCUUACCAGCUCAAGUAUUAAUACCAGAGGUACAGAUGGUGGUGGAAGAAAUGAGGUGAAAUAUGAAAAGCAAUUGGUGCUUAAUGGAGAGAGACUGUACUCUGAGCCUAAGAUGAUACCUGAGGGAAGCUAUAAUACAAAGUCCCCAUCCUCUUUCAAGGAGCCUCAGACUGGUCAAACAGGAGCCUUGUCAGUGAAGCAGAGAGGUAGCAUCUGGGAGGGGAUUUCAACAGGAAUCUCUGUUGGGCUGGGAGACAAGAGGCUGAACUAUCCAGAGACAUCAGAAAGUAGCAGAGCGUUGAACAGUGGCGUGGGUGUCAGAGACUCCAGUAUUAGCCUGAUUGAGCUCGGUGACUACAGUGAGGAUGAUGACGAUGACAUCACAGAUAUUACGUCGGGGAUCUUUGCCGACUUCAACCUGGACUAUGCUGAGGGAGAGGAGGAAGAGCUGAGCCCAUUGAAGAAUGCAGAUGGAACCCCUGACUCUGUAGACACGCUUAAUCUGUCCUCAUCGAUGGCAAGCACCUGUGAUCAGGCCUUCAGUCCUGAUCCCAUAGGAACCCCUGUCCUACCUAAGUCCCUGGACAGUGGUUAUGAUACAGAGAACAAUGAAUCUCCAGAGUUUCUUUUCAAAGAGCUUGGAGAUCCCCGAGGUGGUGAGAGGAGCCCGAGGCUGGGUGGAGAACCUGAACUAGUUCUGCAGGUGGGUUUGGGCCAAGGGAUCUGCACAUCCACAAGCACAUCAGAGCUGCAGUUAAAGGGCCUGACUGAUAAGAACCCCUACAGGGACUCAGCCUAUUUCUCUGACUAUGAUGCUGAAAAUGAGAGGACCCCUCAAGAUGAAGGCAGCAAGUUCUAUGCAGGUCCAAGUAACCGUGAAUUCCCACCUGAGAAAUUGAGCUCCAUCCGGGAUGAUGAUUGUGUCAAAAGGCAAUUCAACAACAAGGAACAUUUAACAAACCUAAGACACAUCAAAAGUUGUGUUUUGGUUCAUCUCUUGGAGGAUGACCCUAAUUCACCCCAUUCCCUUCCCACCCCUGGGUUUUCUAUGUUGUCACCGUUUCCUCCACAGAUGGGCGGCUGCUUGACCAAAGAGUCUGCCCCUGCAGGUGAUGAUCUCGGGUUGGAGACAGAGCCCUCAGGAGAGGAGCCUCCCUCAGAGCUCAGCUCCUCUCUUGGGUCUGAAUCCUCUUCCACUGUACAGGAGGCAUCGGGAAACCGUGACGAGGGGAACAGAAGAGCAGAAGAUUGUUCCUCUCUCCAGUCUUUGCAUUCUGACUCCACCAUAACUGACUACAGAGAUGAGGCCCCCAAAGAAAAUGAAAAUGGUGAUGGAUCCACGGAGGAGGAGGAGCUGCCAGAAUUCAACCAUGUCAAGGAAGAGAUGGAGAACAGAAGGGAGGGGGUGAGAAUAAAUGAGGAAGAUUUUGAGGACAUAGAUGCAGAGGAAUGUGGCUCACAGGACAGCUUAUGUGACGAAUCCAACGGCCCUGCUGACCUGUCCUCUUCCUCGUCAUUGUUGGAGCUGUGUGGAGAAAGCGUGCGAGCGCCGCUGGAGGAGGCAGAGGAGGAAGAUGACUCCGAUGACAGCGAGUCUGAUGAGGAGUUGAGGACCUACAACAUCCAAGAUGAAGACAGUGAGGAGAGUGAGGAGGAUUUCACCACAGUGCCGGUGGUGGUAAGCGACUGCAGCAGGGCCAGACACCUCCGCAGCCUCCUGAAGAUGCCCACCCUGCUCACCCAGUCCUUCUGUGACGAGUUGGAGAGGAAGAAAAAAGCGGUGUCCUUUUUUGAUGAUGUUACAGUGUUUCUUUUUGACCAGGAGAGCCCCACAGGAGAGCUGGCAGACUACACCUUCUCAGAGUCCAGUGGGCAGGAAUCUCCAGAGGAAAAAACCUCUGACCACCAGCUGCAACCUGACCCUGAAUUUGACUCUCAAUCCUGCGAAACGUUCUGUGUUUCUGAAGAAAGAGAUGGGAACAACUCAGAAGAGGGUGGGGGUUAUGAAUGGGAAGAUGACCUCUCGUUUGAGCCCCGCCCAACCUCACCUGGCACCAUCCCCGAGCCUCGGUCCUCACCCACAUCCACCUCCAACAGCCCUGAGCCUCCUAAACCUGUAGCUGUAGCACUUAACCGUUUUAUGGUCUCACGAUUCUCUAUCACACAUGUCUCGGACCCCCACAUGGGCUCGGCAACAGGGAACAGUGAAGAUAGUCCGAAAGAUUGAGUGCUCUACGGCCCUCACAGGAGGAAGAUGAGUCCUGGCCCUUCUCGCCACAGAAAAGCUAUCUAGAUGUUUUAUAGAGUUUUAUUUUUAUCAACGUUUGGGCCAUCUGACCCUGGUGACCUUUUAUGAGACAGUGCCUCAUAUUCUAGUGAAAGACCCUCAAUUAUUUGCACACUUUGUUUUGUUGUUUAAUCUUGUUACGAGCGAUAGCUGCUGGUAUGGCAACCUGAUAGUGGAUACAAAAUCAGAUCAUAUUGUUUGCAGAAAUAGUAUAUUACUUUUAACAUACAGUAUAUGAAAAUAACUUGCUCAAUGAAGCAUCAGUUCCUGUUGAUGACCGCACAGGUCAUUACAUUUGUGAAUUAUUAAUUAUUAAAGAAAAUAAAUAAAAGUAAAAGGAGAAAAACAUAGUGAAAUGACAGGCUUCAUAGCUACUCCUCUCAUUUGCUGCCUUGGUCCAUCUGCUAUUUGGCAUUUUAAAAGACUGUUACAGUUGUUAUUGUUGGAGCCAGAGAACAAUGCUUGUUGAUUUGUUACAUAAGCUGUGGUGGAUUUCCAAACACAAAAUUGGACUUUUAUAAUGUGGGUGGUGGUGAUCGUGUUUGAAGAUGAAGGUGCUGAAACUUAAUUAGUCUCUUAAUCCAAGUCAUAUCCAAAUCAUAUUGAUGGUGGGACUCGGUAUGCCAUGUUAUUGGAAACAUACUACAGGAAAUCAAUGCGUUGUUGCUCCCUAAUUAUGACCACCACUCAGUCACUCACUCACUCUGGUUAAUGAUGACCUACAACAUAUGUCUACAGUUGCCAUAUCUGUCUGAAGCACUUUGUAUAGCCAAACUGGGUCUUUAUUUGUAGAAGUGAUGACUCUGCAUUUCGCCAUCCUGGACGGACAUAUAUAAACAUGUGAGUUUCCCUAUUUGUGUCCACGGUGCCAGCUACAGGUUCACUUUAUUUUGUGGCAUAUUAGCUUUGUUUAUUUUAUAUUUCAUUAGCAAUAGGAGGACACCAAAGGGAUAGAGAUUUGUUUCAACACAAUUCAGUGGUGUCAUGUCAGUAUGCCAUAUAUGUUGAAUGUCAGUAUCAUCGUUAUGCAUAUUUUCUACGUCUUGUCCAUAUUCUCAUACAUAGUGUAUUCUAUUACAUUUGUGCUGAAUGCCCGGGUCUGAGGUGUACAAAAAACAAAAAGACAUUCAAAAUAUGACAUCUCACAUAUUGUAUGAAUGUUUUAUCAACAUGUAGCAGGUAGCUUGACUUGAAUUACUACUGCUGUAUCGACAGCUCCCUCCCCCUGUCCCUCUUCUGUAGCUCAAGUGCCAAUUCUGUUUCCUCUCACCUUGCCCUUUAAGUUCAGCAAGAAAAGAAAACGUUGCUAGUAUUUUUGUAAAAUCUGAAAAGAUGCCAUCCAGGAUGACAGUCUCUCAAAUUUGCCAAAGAGAUAUUACAAAGCUUAUUGGCUAAAGUGGUAGACACCUUCACAGAAGGUGAGGUGGGUUGUUCUGUGCACCGGUAGUAAAAUCAUUGCUGUUUCCAUUUUCCCCCCUCACUCAUUGCUAUUGUACUAUCCUAAACAAAUAAAUCCAAAUACUUUUUUC